AAAGGUCAGAAGAGAAGAAGGUAAAUGAAAAUAUUUCUCAUUUGAGUUAAAAGUGACCUGCUGUAACUCCUCCUACGUCAAGAAAAAAGUAAUGCACACCCUCUCAGUUUAAAUUGGUUGACCAGGGUAGAAAUCACACUUUUAGUUUGAUCUCGAUGCCAGAAACACAAUGGAUUGGAUAAUUACUGUGGCACUUUUCUGUUCAGUGCUAAAAGCUGUAGUCGGCUUUAAUGUUGAUUCUGGGUCUUGGAGAACCCUGAGUCAGUCUGAUGAAAGUUUUGGAUACCAGGUGGUGCAAAGACAAUCAGAUCUGCUUGUCAGUGCCCCACUACAGCAGUACCAAGGGAAUAAAAGAGGACGGAUAUAUCAGUGCAACAGGGGAGGCAGUUGCAGCAAUCUUGCUGCUCUAGAGCAAAGAGCUGCAGUCAACAUGUCUCUUGGUUUGGCAAUGGCAAAUGAUCCAUCAACACAAAACACAAUGGCCUGUGGUCCAACCAUUCCCAGAGACUGCAAAACUAUCACCAUCAAUGGUUUGUGCUAUGAGAUCGAUCAGGGUAAUGCAAUUGGAAAGUCUUACCCGUCUGUGACUGAAGAGUGUCGAACCCAAGCUGACAUUGCAUUUCUGCUGGAUGGCUCAGGCAGUGUAGCUUCUGAUGAUUUCAGAAUGAAAGUAUUUGUGAAAAGUCUGAUCAAAACAUUCCUGGGAAGAGACACACAGUUUGCCAUUACCCAGUUUUCCUUUUCUCCAACAACGCAUUACUACUUUAGCACUUUUAGAACCUUCAACUGGGAAUCUCAAAUUGACAACAUCCGUCAAUCAGGUGGAGGAACAUAUACAGCUAGUGCCAUUCAAAAUGUUGUGGAUGAUGUCUUCUCACCACGAAGGGGUUCCAGGUCAAAUGUGAAAAGAAUUUUAAUAGUGAUUACAGAUGGAGAGUCUAAUGAUAGAGGAAACUUACCCACAGCAACACAGUCAGCUGAUCGAAAAAACAUUAUUCGAUUCGCUAUUGGGGUGGGGAAUGCAUUCAAAAAAUAUAAUGCAAAAGAAGAGCUCAGAACGAUUGCAUCUCAACCUGCUGACAAUUUUGUGUUUGAAGUGGGAAGCUUUGAUGCUCUUGACAAAAUACGGGACAACUUGCAGGCCAAAAUUUUUUCCAUUGAAGGAUCACAAAGUGGUGGAGAGACGCUGGAACAAGAAAUGUCUCAAGAAGGCUUCAGAACAGCUUAUGUGUCUGGGUAUAUUCAGAUGACAAUGGUUGGUGCUAACCAGUGGAAAGGAGGCUACAAGAAAUACUUGCUUAGCAAUGUUUUAAACACAGUAUCAUUUGAGCCAUCGUCCAUUGAGCCUGACAGUUACCUUGGUUAUUCCAUGGAUGUUGCUAAAACCAACAAUGGUCCACUGACAAUUCUUGGUGCUCCAAGAAAUCAACACAAAGGAGUUGUUAUGACAGCUUUCAAUGAACAACUGAGAGAUCGAAUCAGACCCUUUGAACAACAGACUGGUGAAUAUUUUGGGGCUGAGGUUUGUGCCAUGGAUGUGGAUUCUGAUGGUGUUACUGAUCUCAUCCUCAUAUCCUCUCCGAUGUAUAAAGACGUUGAUAGAGAAGGACGUGUUUAUGUCUGUGAAUUAAGUCGUUUGAGUGUGGUUUGUUAUUUUGAUAAUCCAUCACAAAUCACCACACUAAGAGGUGAUGUGUCUGUCAGAGGAAGGUUUGGGUCGUCUCUUGCUGUUCUGCCUGAUAUAAAUGCAGACACAUUCAAUGAUUUGGCCGUUGGAGCUCCUUUGGAGAAUGAUGGCCAAGGCAGCAUCUACAUUUUCCGAGGAGAGGGAGGAAGAAAAAUAAAUCCUACUUACUCACAGAGAAUUGCUGCAUCUGCCGUCCAAUCAGGCCUGAAGUUAUUUGGCAUCUCAAUCAGUCAGUCUUCCUACGAUCAGAGUGGUGAUGGACUUCCUGACUUAGCAGUGGGUUCAAAGGGGAAAGUAAUCUUACUCAGAUCCAGACCAGUUGUAUCAGUGACUGCCACUGUGACAUUCAACCCAAAUCAAAUCCCAACUCAAAACCCAGACUGUUCAAAACAACUGCCAAGCAAGGCUGCUGUCUGCUUCACUAUGAGCAAACUGUCUAAUGUGAAAGAAGCUAAAGCACAGGUUAAUUUCACCUUAACUUUGGACGCAAAUCGUAAGAUACCAAACAACCGAGCUGAGAUCAGCAAGGAUGUGAGACACAAGAGUGGAUCUCUUAAAAUUGAUUUAAAUAGGAUAGAAUGCACUGACGUGGACUUCUUUAUUGAGUCUUGUCCAGAAGAUGCUCUCAAUCCACUCAAUAAUGAGCUCAGAUUCACAUUUGAUGGUUUGCCUUCUGGUUCAAACCCAAGACCAAGCCUUUCUCCACAGGUUAAAACCACAACAUUUCAUCCUAUUGGGUUUGAGAUCAGUUGUGGAGCUGAUGAAGUGUGUGAAGAUAACUUGAAGGUGGAUUUUAACUUCACCAAAUCCUCAGUGGUUAGGGUCGGCAUAGAUGAACUUGUGAAUGUGACUGUCUCAGUGAAGAACAGAGGAGAAAACUCGUACAACAGUCGCAUUACUCUCACAUACCCCGUUGGGCUCUCCUACAGGAAGGUUACACGUCUGGAAGGACGAAUUGAGUGCAACUCUGUGGACAGUGAGGAUGGUGUAACUAAAGGAAAGACAGUCUGUAGUAUCGACAAACCAAUAUUCAGAAGCAACUCUGCGGCAAUCUUCAUUGUCUCAUAUGGUUUCAACACCAACAGUGAUCUUCGUAGAAAGAUCGAAGUGACUGCGACCGCCACCAGUGACAAUGAGCGCCAUUCCCCUUCCAGUGAACUUUACAAAAACAAAGACAUUGAUGUCAAGUACAGUGUUUUUGUCACAAUUGAAAGCUCCCUCAGCUACAACAAUUUCACAUUUGGUGAAAAUGCUGUUCAGAAACCACUUGAGCAAAAAAUAAAGGUUUUUAACACCAUCAGACCACUAAAUUUGACUGUGGUGAUUAAAGUUCCUGUAAAACUUGGUGGCAAAGACAUCUGGGUGGACAUGAGCAGUUUUCAGAUUCCAGACUGUCAGAGCAGCAGAGAUGAAGAACCUACUGACACUGACUUUGUUAAUACAAUAAAAGAAAAGAAAAUAUUGGACUGCACUGUUGCGAAGUGCAGAGUGUUCAGGUGCUCUGAGUUCAUGGAAAGAAACAAGGAAAAAACAUACACCAUCUCUGCAAACAUCAGUUCAGGAUGGAUAGAACAGAUUGGACUUUCAUCUGCUAAGUUUCUCCUGACCAGUACAGCCAGUCUAGAGUAUGAUGAAAGCCAGUACAUCUUCUUCUCUACAGCUUCUAAUAGUGACCCCCCUGUUCACAAGAUUGAAGCAGAGAUAGAAGUGUUUCCCAAACCAGAUUUCACUAAAGAGAUUAUAGGAGGAUCUCUGGGAGGAUUGGCAUUUCUGGCUCUACUAACUGCUGGUCUGUAUAAGGCUGGAUUUUUCAAGAGCAAAUACAACCAGAUGAUUAAUGAGAAUGAAGGAGGAGGAGCAGAACCAGGAGCCGAAGGAGCAACUCCCACAAACGCAUGAAAUUUCCAGUACAUUUGCAAUGAUCAUUGUUUCUAUGAAAUGUAUCAGAUGGUCAUUUGAUUUAGCGAAUGUACCAAACACAGUGUGUGUUUUUCGAACCAUUCCCUGUGUUAUUUUGUACAUAUGAGUUUGAACAACAAACCAGUAAGUCUAUGCAGAAUUACUGAUAAUAAUGUAUCUUCUCUUAAUGUUAGUAAGUAUUGAUAAUAUACUUGCUUUUGUAAGUAUAUUGAUGAUAUAAUUACGAAAGCAAGUAUAUUUAAUAGAGCUGUGCUGCUCAAAGUUACGGUGGAUUAAAGUAUAAAGCAUAAUGAAAUGCAAAGUGAACUAUUCACAACUGCAAUGCAAUAUUUAUGAAGCUUUGUGUUUGCUUUGGACUUUCAGGUGAAAUUUGUUUUAUCUAGUUGAUUUUAUGGUGGACAAAAAACAUAACAGUGUUCAGUGAUUUUUAAACAUUUUAAAACACAACAUGCUUAAAGUUAUAUGAAGGCUAAAAAAGUGUCUUAUACUGCUUUGAUUAGAAAUAAAGAACAAUUUAUAUUAAUAAAACAA